GCAGCUUCCCCCCCGGUUGCCAUGGAAGCGGCCAGGGCCGCUGGCCCUCUGAAACCGGAAAACAACAGCAAGUGCAUUCCAUCCUGCCUUGCAGAUUAAACCAGCUGUCAAGCCAGGGUGAAGAACCAGGCGGAGGUCCGCAGCGUGGAAAAGCAAGCCUCACGUUGGAACUCCCAGAUAUGAGGAAAUAAGUCAGAUGAUAGAGAACAGUUUUGUGCCCACUGUAUAAACCCAAGGAGAUACAGAUCAUACCAGGAUCACGGUGAAUCCUGUGUCGCGCCUCUCACUGUGAACUGUGAGCUGCUCUCGCUGCCGGUCUAAGGAAACCACCCAGAGGCCCCUGGCUCAGAAGGAACUAUUCUCCUCCUCAGAUACUACCUCUUCUGUGAAGCUUGUUAUGACAUCUUCCAUUUCCAGGCGAAGUUAGGUGUAGACUCAACACCCCAUACAAAAUGCUAUUAUAGUGAUUAUCACACACCAUGCCCAGCACACAGCAAGGACGCCACAAAGUUGAGUUGCAAUGAACUGGCUCACGAAGGGGAGACACAACCUUGCGGGCCCACACUGAGACAAGAAUGGCCCCACCUUCUGGGCACAGCCUCCUGCUGACCAGCGCCCUGGGCAUCCUUGUCCUAGGUUGCUUCACAGGAGGUCAGAAGAACAGCACUCUGAUCUUCACGAAGGAAAACACCAUUCGGAACUGCACUUGCUCCGCGGACGUCCGGGACUGUGACUACACUUUGGCCAACUUGAUGUGCAGCUGCCACACCGUCCUGCCUUCCGCAAUAGAGCAAACCAGCUACGACGACCGACUGACCGUCUGGUUCACAGAUGCGUCUGCACUGGGCCUUCUGCUGAACUUCACGUUGGUCCGGGACCUGAAGCUCUCUCUGUGCAGCCCCAACACUCUCCCCGCUGAAUACCUGGCUAUCUGCGGUCUGGAGAGGCUUCGGGUCAACACCGAGGCCAGGCGGCCGUUGCCAGAGCAGAGCUUACUCAUCCACGACGGCAGGGAAAGUGAACCCGGAGAGAAGCCCGCACGGUUACCCGGAGGCCGGCAUACGUGUAUGUGUAUCUCAUUCUUAGAUGUGGCGCUUUUCAACGGGAAUUCAUCCUUAAAAGCAUACAGUAUAGAAAACGUUGCCAACACCACCAACCAUUUCCCCCACUUUUCUUACUUUGAAACCUUCCCAAUUUUGAGCAACCAAAGCUAUGUUGUCACGUUCAUUUACUAACGUCGUCGAAGGUUCCAACCGCCAGGAACUUUGGCAAACCGUGGAGAACUUGAAAAGGAAUCUGGGAACCAGGCCAUGGGUAUCCUGACCUUCAACUUCACCUGUCCGCCCAGCCCCCAUUCACAUAUACACAGCCCAUAUACACAGCCAGCCCUCUCUGCUCCGCUCCGAGCCCAACCAUGGGAGCUGUUCAGAAAAACAAAAUAAAUAGAAAGAAACAAACAAAAAACAAACCCCAAAACACAAAGCAAAAAGAAAAAAAGAAAAAAAAAACCUACUUCAGUCCAGAACGUCUUGUGAGCCAGCUAGAGGCCAGGCCCGGGCUCCCGGGGGUCUGGGCAGAAACAUCAGAUGGGAAAUGGAGAAAGCAGGCCACGUCAAGGACUGCUUAGCGGGACUCAGCACAGCGGAUGACGCCCCAAGGAAGAUAUCUUCCUUCAAAACACUGCCUUAGUUUCUUUUCUCUUGCUUCGUUUUGUUACACUGGACUGGAAUUCCCCUAAGAAGAGAACGCUAGAUUUCAGAUGCUUCAGGACUAUGCGUUCCACAAAAUGAUACGGUUCUCUUUAGACUGAUGUUUUCCAAAGACCUUGCUAGACACGUCUGCACUGAGAAAGGGGAGUUUUGAGAGUGGAACAGGCCUGGUGAGGGUGGGACCUUAGGACCAAAGGAGAGCACUGGGAUUUGAGGAGUGGGAUACAGAAACGAAAAGUCAGGGGACACAAAAACCGAUGGCAUAGAUCUCAACAUUUUGCUUACAGCAAGACCUAAACCCAGGGAGUUUCUCUUGUGGACCUUUUGCUUUCAUUCUUUCUGUCUUUGCCUUCCUCCGUCUUGGUCCCCGGUGUAUCACUUCGGCUUUUUCUCCCCCUCCCCCUCCUCCCUCCACUCCAGAAAUAAGAACUACAUUUAACAUCACUAGGGACUAGUCUGGGAACCUAA